AGAUGUCUUCACUCUAAAAGUUCUCAAGUAGGAUACCAGAACAUAAAAUGUAAAAUAUGAUGUGUUUGUCUUGCUGUUUGGAAAUGAGUAGAUAAAAAACCAAUUAUCUGCACAGACGCGAGUUUGACUAGUGUAGUCGCACGGGCUGCCAUUGUGAUUGUCAUUUGUGCCAACAUGCGUCUGAAAUUUGGACAGCGACAAAAUGAUUGGAAGUGCUGUUUUUGCUGUCAUGUUAGAACAGGCACAAUAUUUUUGGGAAUUUGGCACUUGAUGCUUCAUGUUUUGGCCCUCUCAGUGAUUGCCGUAGUGAUGAGGCAUCCUGAAAUGGUACAAGAAAAUGUAGCAAUAGACCCAGUUUUGCCGACACCAUUAAGUGAAGUUGAUGACACUUUAGUAGAAAUGAUUGCACCAAAUCUUGGCAGAAAUAUUGAAGUAAGCCUUCAUCCACAAGGUGAAGUGUUGAAGCAGACAGAUUUUGCUGCAGCUCAUGGAUACCGGGACAUCUUCGUUCAUAGAAGUCUUAACCAUCAGGACUUAAAUGUUGGAAUGGUUGUGACUUUCUGCACAUUUGCAAUAACUCUGAUAAUGGUAUAUGGUGCAAUUAAAGGCAAGCCAUCCUACUUGAUGCCAUUCUUUUGCUUGCAAGUUUUUGAUUUCUGCAUUGCAAGUCUGACUGCUGUUGGGUACCUGUGCUACUUGCCAGAUGUCCACCGUGUUGUUGAGGAAAAUCCACAUCUUCCAUUCCAGGAAGAACUAUUAAGACUUAACCCACAGUGUCUGUCCUUGCUGGUUCUCAUGUUCUUCAUGUUAGCCAUGAUGGUCAAGGCUUACUUCAUUGGUGUGGUAUGGAGUUGCUACAAGUACCUAACCCUUCGCCUAGCUGCUACACAGCGCACUAUUCAUUACAUAGAUCCUGAUAGUCAAUCACUGUUGCCAGACCUACCAGACUAUGAGACAGCCAUGUGUGAUCCUCGAUUUGCAGUUAAGAAGUUUCCAACUCCACCACCCUCAUACAGUGCUGCAGUAGAAGUGCCCAUGUCAAUGUGUACUGAACCUGCACCUGUUCCAGUACCUCCACCAGUCACAACUCCCUACAAUCCCUCUGUUGUGCCUCCUCCAGCCCCAGUGGCGACUCUGCCAGUUGAACCACCAACCACCACCACGACCGCCACCCCACCCACUCAGUCACCACAGAGUGCUCCAUCACAACCUGCGGCCAUUGCUACUACCGCAGAGCAAUCUCGGCCCUCUGCCUAGUGAGGCUUCAGGUAUAUUUGAUACCUCACCAUCCAUCUUUGAGAGGUCACUGAUAAGAAAAGUAAUUUCUUUAAAGAUAUUCCAUAUAACACCAAGAAUUCUUCGUACAAGCAGUGAGGUAUACAGAAACACUGUUAACAGUUGCAAUAAAUUGUACAGUGAUUGAUAGAUUUCAGUAUUUUAGUUCACAUUGUAUACCUCCUUGCUGUUAAAGGCUGUAGUUGUGUCACACACAGGCACAAACACACACACUAAUUUGGCACACACAUAUAGCUUAAUAAUAAUGUUAUUUAAUUGGAUAUAUUUUGUAGUGUUAUUCAUCAAAUUUAUAUUUAUCAAAUGUACUGAAUUUUUAGAUGGUAGUAAAGUACCUGUGAGUAGGUUCUGAUUAGAAGGGUAUGAAAAAUUCUUUUAAGGUUUGGUGUUAGUUUAGUGUUGGAUGGCAGGUCGUAUUUAGGCAACGGAGCAGACUACAACAGUACGUUACAACAUCGAAUGACUGUCUUAUCAACAUCCAUAGCUGUGGUGUUUAUCCCAGGUUUCUUUUAAACUCGUCAGCAUUUGUAUGUCUUAAAAUAUUUUUACUUAUUCAAUACAUACUGAACUGUUGAGUUCUACUGUAAAUAUUGGAGAGAUCUGCAGAGAAACCACUUGAUAUUAUUUAUGACUGAAAUUUAUUGUUAUAAACAGAGUCUAUUCUUGACACUAUAUUUGACAGCUUCUCACUUUAAAUAACUUAAAAAAGGGCAAGUAAAGAAACUAAUUUUGGUGUUAGUGUUCAUUGCUUAAAUAAAGGACAUAUAAUACAUUCAUAAAAAAUAGAAACAAAUAAGAUUUUAAUGUUGGGGCUUAAUGUAAACAUUAACGAAUUUUACAGAUAUAUGUAUAUACAAAUUUAGAGAGAAUAGGAAGUUUAAAAAUUCUAAUGUUCAAAGUUCCUGAACUGUGAUGAUGAUGCAGGUUAUAGUUCAUAAUUUUUGAUGAUUAUUUCUUGUACAUUCACUCAGUGUAUAUUUACAAUCAGUGAAGUACACAUUUAAACCUGUAAUAAAUUAAAGAGAUUUGAAUAUUAAAUUUGCUUGCUUUUAA